UUGUUAUGCUCCUACAUGAGGAAAAGCUGCCCUUUAAAAUAACAGUGCGUUGUGAAGAGUAAAAUCAACCGUUAUCCCGUUAUUUUUAGGGUUUUUUUUUAACCAGGCUUGACUUUAUGAUGUGUCCUGGCCGUGUCCCCCCCCUGCUGCUGUCCCUGCUCUGCUUCGGUCUGACUGCCCAGGCGGAUGUGGAGACAGACGAGGUGGUUCCCAGGCUGCUGUCCCAACGUGAGGGGAACCGGUUUACUGAUCCUCUUCACUCGCGGCGGCGCCAUGGUCAGUCGUCGCCAGACGCUUCAAGCCAAGUACCUUCGCAUCCGGAGAACAUCGUUGUAUCACUGCCCGUUUUUGGAAGGGACCUAUUUCUAAAUCUGACACGGAACCUGGAGAUUCUGUCACCUAACUUUGUUGUGGAGCAAAGGCUCGGGGAUGAACACGUACAAGUCAGCCGCUUAUCCAUGAACCAGUUCUGUUUUUACUCCGGCUUCAUCAUCAACCGCACGGACUCUCUGGCAUCGCUCAGCACCUGCGGUGGUUUGACUGGGCUCAUUCAGAUUGGGGAGGACAGCCUGUUCAUUCAACCAGUGAGGGAACACGACCCGAUGCAGUCAUUUUCUGGACUUAAACACCAGCUGACGCGACAAUGGUGCUCAAAAACCAACGCCGGUCAGGAUGUUGACCAGUCCAUUUACUGUGGUACUGUUGAAGGGAGUCCAUAUGCAAAAGGAAAAAAGGAGAGAACCAAAGUGGGUGAGGAAGGUCGCAAGAAGAGGGACACCGUUGACUCGCGGCAAAAAUACACAGUGGAAACGAUGGUGGUAGCGGACUCUGAUAUGGUGCAGUAUCAUGGCGCUGACGUAGCCCAAAGAUUCCUGCUGACUGUCAUGAACAUGGUCAACAACAUGUUCCACCACAAGAGUCUGGGAGUAAGGAUCAGCAUACGAGUCACUAAACUGGUGCUGCUUCAUGUUCGCCCAGAGAAGCUGGAGGUGAGCUUUCAUGGGGAGAAGUCCUUGAAGAGCUUCUGUCAUUGGCAGCAUCAGGAGUUUGGAAUGUUUCGGGAUCUUGGGACCAACUCCAUCCCCGUUGGCUGGGACGUCACGCUACCAGUAGAUACUGCAGUGCUGGUCACCAGGACAGAUUUCUGCGUUCAUAAAGAUGAACCCUGUGAUACUGUUGGUGUUGCUUAUCUGGGUGGUGUUUGCAGCACUAAGAGGAAGUGCAUUUUAGCAGAGGACAAUGGCCUUAACCUGGCCUUCACCAUUGCUCACGAAUUGGGCCACAACCUGGGAAUCAGCCAUGAUGAAGACCAUGACAACUGCACCGGCCACUCCCAUAUUAUGUCUGGUGAAUGGGUGAAAGGGAGAAACCCCAGUAAUCUCUUCUGGUCUUCCUGUAGCCGUAAUGAUCUGGAGAACUUCCUCAGAUCCAAAGCCAGCUUCUGCCUGUUUCACACAGACACCAGAAGCCAUUUCCAGUUCAGUCUGUCCUCCAAGCUGCCAGGCAUGAACUACAGCGUCAAUGAACAGUGCCAGAUCCUAUUUGGAAUCAACGCUACUUUCUGUAAAGAAAUGGAGUAUCUUAUGUGUGCUGGCCUCUGGUGCUUGGUAGAGGGAGAUGCGUCCUGCAGGACCAAACUUGAUCCACCCCUGGAAGGAACAGAGUGUGGGACAGACAAGUGGUGCAGAGCAGGCGAGUGUGUCAGUAAGGCACCCAUCCCGCAGCACGUGGACGGGGACUGGAGCACGUGGAGUCAGUGGAGCUUCUGCAGUCGGACCUGUGGUACCGGAGUUCAGUUCAGACAGAGGAAAUGUGACAACCCUCCACCCGGUCCGGAUGGCCAACAAUGCCCAGGGCCCAGUGUGGAGCACAAGCCGUGUGAAGGCCCUCUAUGUCCCAAAGGGACACCCAGCUUCAGAGAUCUGCAGUGUCUGUCCUACAAUCGACAGGCCAGCAAAACAAAGGGCAGCGUGUUGGCUGCUAUCAUUAAUGAUGAAAAGCCAUGUGUGUUGUUCUGCAGCCCAGUGGGUCGAGAUGUCCCAGUCCUGAUGGCUGACAAAGUGAUGGAUGGGACUCCCUGUGGACCGUAUGAGUCUGACCUGUGUGUUAAUGGGAAGUGUAAGAAAAUUGGCUGUGAUGGAAUCAUUGGCUCCUCGGCCAGGGAAGACCUCUGCGGUGUGUGCAACGGGCAGGGACGCUCCUGUCAAGUGGUGAGAGGAGAUUUCAGCCACGUUAAAGGAAUGGGAUAUGUUGAGGCCGUGGUUAUUCCUGCAGGAGCGUGGAGAAUCAAAGUGAUGGAAAACAAACCUUCUCAGAGCUUUCUGGCCCUCAAGGACUCCAGCAGGAGGUCCAUCAACAGUGACUGGAAGAUCGAACUUCCGGGAGAAUUUGAGCUGGCUGGAACCACGGUUCGCUACAUCAGACGUGGACAGUGGGAGAAGAUGUCUGCCAAAGGUCCCACCAAGGCUCCUCUACACCUGAUGGUGCUGCUUUUUCAUAACCAGAGCUACGGGAUCCAUUAUGAGUACACCGUAUCUCUGAACACGACUCAGGAUGAGACCAGCGAAAAACAGGAGGGACCGGAGUAUCUUCACAUCUGGACACACAGCAGCUGGCAGGAUUGUACGGUACACUGUGGAGGAGGUGAGCGGAGGACAGUGGUUUCUUGUAUGAGGAUAGUUGAUAAAAUCCUGGAGCUGGUCAAUGAUAGCUACUGUCAACCUGAGAACCGGCCGAAGCCCAGAGUACAACGCUGCAACUUUUACCCCUGCCAAUACCAAUGGGUGACAAGUGAGUGGGGACAGUGUACAGUCACAUGUGGUAAAGGCCUGCAGCAAAGACGAGUGUCCUGUGUUCAACACCUGCACAACGGCUCCUUCAUCCACACCAAGGACUUGUCCUGUCAGAGAGGAAAGCCUCGUGUUCUUCAGGGCUGUGAGAACCAACCUUGUUUUGCACCGUGGGAAGCUUCAGAGUGGUCAAAGUGUUCAUCAGACUGUGGCCAAGGUGUUCGCAAUAGGACGGUGUUGUGUAGGAGCCCUCAGGGUCAAUGUGAUCCGUUGUCCAAGCCAGCUCAAGAAGAAUCCUGUGAGGACAUCUCUAAAUGUUAUGAAUGGCAAUUUGGAGACUGGUCCAAGUGCUCAUCUACGUGUGGAAAAGGCCUCCAGUCACGAGUAGUCCAGUGUAUGCAUAAAGUGACUGGUCGUCACGGUGACAGCUGCCCGCUGAUGCUGAGACCACGGAUCUACCGUCCCUGUCAUCACAGCACCUGCACUGAGGAAGUUAAAGUGAACGCCAUCGCUCCCCAAACGCUGGGUGCCUGAUCAAAUCCAUGGAUGAGCUCUCCCCUUGAUUAGAUAGCGAUUCUGCUCUGGAGCCCCCAGAGCUGUUUGGGGAAAGAUGAAUGUUGCCCAAACUGCUCAACGACGGACAACUGCACACCAGCUGCACAUUUACUGUGAGUCAGAGGCUUCGUCAGAUGAGCUGCUGCAAGGAUCCAGGCAGCUCUUUCCAGCCAUCCCAAACAGCGUUAUACGAUGACUGUGCCAAGAGAGGAGGCUGAAAUGCUAAAAGUAUCUGCUUGUUAUUUGAUCUUAGGUUUCAUUUUUACUUUUUACUUUUCAUGAAGUUUACACUAAGAAUACUGCAACAACAUUAUUUCCAUUGUGGGAUCAAGAAAGGUUUAUAUGAUUAUAUUCUGAUACUUAUUUGAAUAACGAGCUUUUGAAGCAAGCCUGUGUGUUGAACAAAUCGUGUGGAUUUGAGUAUGUAUGGUGUUAUUUUUGUUCUUUUAGCAAUACAGGUGGCACAGAGAGCUACUGAAAAUGUAGGUUAUAAAGACUCCAAACACCACAAGCUCUUCCUUUGUCACAGUUCAUGGGAGUGAAAUUCUCCCACCUGUACCCCGACUGGGAGGAGCAACAACGCUCCCGAGACUUCCUUCACCGUGCCUCAAUCAAACCUUUACAAAAACAAAACAGCAAUGGAAAACUGUC